GGUCACAUGACAGCAGAUAGCGUGUCUCUGGAAAGGAAACACCUAUAUGUUCUUGCUGCCAGAAAAUAGUUCCUCUAGGGGACAGUCCCCAUGAAGCAGGUUAGGCUACUAAUAAAGAACCCAGCGUGAGUGCUGAAUUCCACAGUUGCAAGUUGGGUUGAUUCGGCGUCGAUGUCUGUCCAGAGGAUAAAACUCAUCGUUCGCUAUGUGCAGAAGACGCUGAUCUUCUGUUCUCUCUUUCUGUAUGUGGCAGUAGGCAGACUCCUCAUGCUUCUCUUCCCACAGACCAUGGCUUCAGUGCUGAAAUCCCGAUUUGAGAUGUCCAGCGCUCACGUGCCAAGGUUUCAGUACGAAGACUGGGGACCCACCGUCUUCACCUUCAAGUUCUUGUGGUCUGUGCUGCAAAUCAUGUGGCUGCGCCUGGAAGAUGAAGCGUUUUUGGGGGAAUCUGCCCCUAACACACCUGUGGUGGACCUGGAUGGUGAACAGCACCACAUUUGGGAUUAUUUUAAAGGUCAGCGGCCAUUGGUUCUCACAUUCGGAAGCUGUACAUGACCCCCGUUCCUGUUUAAGCUCAGCGAGUUUAAUAAGCUUGUCCAGGAUUUCAACUCCGUGGCUGAUUUCUUGAUUAUCUACAUUGAUGAGGCUCAUGCAGAAGAUGAAUGGGCCUUAAAAAACAACAUCUCAAUAAAGAAGCAUCAGAACAUUCAGGACCGCCGGGUAGCAGCUAGACGUCUGCUUAAGGAGCUGCCUUCUUGUCCCGUAGUGUUAGACACGAUGGAAAACUUGUGCAGUGCCAAGUAUGCUGCCCUCCCUGAGAGGCUUUACAUCCUACAAGAGAGCAAAAUUGUUUAUAAGGGCAACAUGGGUCCCUGGGGCUACAAGCCAGAAGAAGUGCGUUCUGUUCUUGAGAAAAAUAAAUUGUCUGGGUGUCACCUCCAACUCGACAGUGACAGAAGAAAAGCUCAGAACUAGCGACAGACCAGCCAUGGAUUCUCCUACCUGCAUACAAUGAUGGAUGUUGUGUAUUCAAAUGAAACUGUAUGUGGUGCUCCGCAGCCACAAGCAACAGAAAUAGACUUGUUUUGGGGUGUCAGCCCCAAC